AUGAACGAAGCACUUAUUUUGGAUUCUCGCUCGUCAUACGAGAGAAAAGACAGCCAAUGCACAUCGUAUGACAUAGAAGAGAAGGGAAAUUAUUAUCAAGCUGCAGGUGAAAUUACCCUUAAGGCUGAGGGCAGGGACUUCCAAUGGCUGGGCGGAUCCAUGGACGGCGGAACAAGGGACACUGAUAAGUUGCUCGUGUGUGCCCCGCGUUUCUACAGUCUACAAGAAGAGGUUGAAGAUGGAUGGUUAGAUGAGCCUGUACCAGAAAACGAGAAAAAACAGAUCUCCAUGAUUGGAAACUGCUACACGGUGACGAACACACUUAAACUAAGGAGAGGCAGUGGUCUCGAUCCAUUCAUGAGUAAAAAUAAGCAGACCCGUAGAUUGGAAAACAAUGAAACAGAACCCUUGUAUCAAAUGGGUGAACUAGGACUGAGUGCUCAUGUGACGAAGGAGUCGACGUUUCUGAUGGGAGCUCCCGGAAUCGAUGUGUUUAGGGGGACGGUGUUUUUAAAGAAGACUAAUGAAAGCAUAGGAACGAAAUCAUCGUCACAACGGCGUAAACGAGAAGUAUCCGAACCAGAAAAAUGGGGCCAGGAGGAGGGCUCAUACUUUGGCUAUGCCGUUAGCUCUGGCAACUUUGACACUUCCAAGCCGAACAACCUCCUCUACGUGGGCACCGCUCCUCAUGCCAAUCACAAAUCGGGAGAGGCCUACAUCUUUGAAUAUCGAGAUCUAGAAACGAACAUCCGAAAGCUCUACGUCUUCAAUGGCACGAAGUUUGGCGAAUACUUCGGCUACUCCGUUUUGGCGGAGGAUCUCAAUGGCGACGGAGAGAUGGACCUCAUCAUAUCAGCACCCCAGUAUUUUCCGGAUGAGUUUUCCCAUGACAACGGUGCCAUCUAUGUGUUUAUCAACAAGGGCUCUCUUGAGUUUGACAGGACUAUUAUUCAUUCGCCAGCGGGCAAUAAGGGCCGAUUUGGAACUACUCUAUCGCCAAUAGGCGAUAUUAACCGAGAUGGAUACAAUGAUGUGGCCGUGGGAGCUCCCUUUGCCGGAAACGGUGCGGUGUUCAUUUACCUGGGUAGCAAACAUGGUCUAAGAGAAGAGCCUAGUCAGCGAAUAGAUGCUCCUCUCUAUCAUACUUCCAAAUUCGGAUUAAAUUUACCAAUGUUUGGCCAUGGCUUAUCCCGCGGAUUGGAUAUAGAUGAAAAUGGGUUCAACGACUUCGCCAUCGGAGCUCCCAACGAGGAGGCGGUUUAUGUGUACCAGGCAUAUCCCGUUGUGAAGGUUAUAGCAACAGUAGAACCUACAACACAUCGGGUCGAACCGGAGCAAGAUAAGCUGAAUAUAACUGUCUGCUACCAGCUGACUACCUUAUCCACGGUAGAGAACGUACAGAAGCAGGAGUUAGACAUCCGGAUUGAGCUCGGCACGGAAAAGCAUCUGAAAAAUAGGCAGGCUGCGUACAACAGCAUUACUUGGAUCUACUUCUCGGAUACUGCGGGUCUCGAAAAGAACUGCACGGAAUUCGAAAUUGAAAUGUCUCCAGAAGCUAAAUUCGACAACAUUACCAUGAAGAUGCACUAUGAGCUAAAGAACAAGAUUCCAGAAAAUAAGGAUAAGCCCAUAACAGACUUCUGCGAAAAGUGUGCGGUUCUUGAUCCGUCAGAGCCAAACUUUUCAACAGGGAAUAUUACCUUUGGCACUGGCUGUUCCAACGAUAUUUGCGUGGCUGAUCUGCAGCUAAGGAUCUCAAAUAAGAGCUCCGAAUUUAUUUUGGGUUCUUCCAACACCCUACGUCUGAGGUACGAUAUUAUCAACGAUGGGGAGAACGCCUACCAGCCGCAAUUCGAAGUGAUCAGCACUCCCCGUCUGAAUUUCAGUCAGAUUCCGGCUAACUGCAAGUGUGACGAAGGCGUAAUGCUGUGCGAACUGAACAACGGAUUUCGACUGACCAAAUCCAACUCCACCCACGUCGAGGUACUCUUCGAUGUUAGCGAACUGAAAGGCCAGUCACUGACCAUCAACGCUACAGUGUUCAGUGCCCUAGGCGAGAUGACUCCCAAAGAUAACAAUAUAAUAACAGUGAUCAACCUCAAGGAAAAAUCCGAAAUCGAUGUCUUUGGAGCUCAGACAAAUGAUCAACUUGUUCUCAAAAAGGACCCCUACAUCGCGGAACUAAUAAAUCAUUAUGAGAUCAAGAGUUUCGGCCCCAGUACCAUAGAAAAUGUAAAUGUGUCCCUUUAUAUUCCCAUAGGCUAUAAGAAGUCUGAUUCUAAAAGCAUUCCCAUCAUGGACAUAUCCAGCUUAAAGGUAGAGGCCGACUACAAUGAUUCCAGGCCACUUACAAUCGAACUUUUCGACCAGUAUAAUAGGAAGAACACCUUAUCGACAUCCCGAAAGCGUAGGAAUGUUGAAAGUUUGAAUGGUGUAAAAGAAGACAACAAUUCUAGCAUACCUCAAGUCCAGACCAACGAUCGGUUGCUGGAGGAGGAUCUGCCGAAGGAUAACACCAUUGUGCUUAACUGCCAGGAUACCAACAAGACAGUAUGCGUACGGAUCGAUAUUGGGCUCGAUUUAAAGCCGCACAAGAUAAUAAAUCUGAACGUACGCUUCAACGUGGAUCUGAACAAGGUGGACGAUUCCUGGGAGUACUUCGUCAUCCAGACUAACAUGAGCUUAGUGAAGAAGGGCGAUUCCUCGUCCUGUUCGUUCACUGUUAACAAGAAGAUCACAUCGAAUGUGAUAUGCAAGCAUGCUGAAGUUUCCAUCUGGAAAAUAGUGCUAGCCGUUAUUGGGGGCGUGGUGCUCCUCGGUGCAAUAGCCUACACUCUUUAUAAGCGCGGAUUCUUUCAACGCAAAGUAAAAUACGAACUAGCCAAGUAUAUUCGAGAAAGUUUUGAGGAGGGGAUGGCAGCAGCGGAGAGGAGGGAGUUGGAGAAGGAUGGUAAUCCAGGGGCGGAUCCUGAUGCAGAGGUGGAUGUGCAUGCGGAGGCGGAGAACCUAAUGCCAGGUGACAGCAAUUAA